AUGCUCAUAUUUGGAAAAACUCUCAAAAUAUCACAGCAUCUGCAAGAGCUUCAUAAUAGAGGAGAGGCUGUCUGGUUUCUUGGUGAUUCUGGAUAUCCAUUAAGACCUUGGCUUUUAACUCCAAUUGUAAAUGCUAAACCUGGUAGUGCAUAUGAGCAUUACACUAAUAUGCACUGUCUCACAAGAAACACUGUGGAAUGGUGCAUAGGAGUCUUAAAAGCACGUUGGAGAUGUUUACUGGCACAUAGGGUACUGCAUUAUAACCAUCACAUGGUGGCUAAAAUUAUAAAUGCCUGUGCUGUCUUGCACAACAUCUGCAACAGACAUCGACUGCCUGUACCUCAAUUGCCAAGCUCUGACAUACUGGAAGACCAGAAUAAUCAAAUUCCUCAGCAACCACUGCAGGGUGUCGGGGUUGGUGCAGAACAACAGCUCUUAGCUAGUGGUCGGCAACAAAGAGAAUUUAUUGUGCAACGAUUAUGGUCUGCUCCCAGGCCAUAG